AUGACGCACGCUACGGAUAUUUCAAAGCUAGGAACAGGAACACAGCUAACGCUUGUGGGCAGAAACACCAAAGACCAACACGGAUUUGUCAAUCCACCGCUGUAUAAGGGCUCAACAGUCAUCCACAGCACUCUGCAUAGUCUUGAAAACAAAGGCGGUAGGUUUUUCUACGGAACUGCUGGCACUCCAAGCAUCGAAAACCUAGAAAAUGCUUGGAACCAUUUGACUGGGGCCGCAGGAACGGUUUUGUCUCCUUCGGGACUAGGAUCGAUCGCUCUAGUGAUGUUGAGUGUAGUAAAAACAGGCGACCAUAUCUUGAUAUCGGAUAGUGUAUAUCAGCCUACCAGACAUCUGUGUGAUGUUGUGCUGGCCAAAUUCAAAGUCAGCAUCGAAUACUACGACCCUUUGAUCGGAGUGGGUAUCGAAAAGUUGAUCAGACCCAAUACAUCGCUGAUUUUCCUAGAAAGUCCCGGCUCUCAAACAAUGGAGAUUCAAGACAUACCCGGUAUCGCCAAAGUGGCCCGCAAACACGGUGUUAAGACAGUCCUCGAUAACACCUGGGCUACGCCGCUCUUUUUUAAGGCCCAUGCUCACGGAGUUGAUAUUAGCAUCGAAGCAGGCACCAAAUACGUCGGGGGCCACUCAGAUCUGCUUCUUGGAUUAACAUCGGCAAAUGCCGAAUGUUUCCCCGCGCUCCGCAGAACCUACGAAACGUUUUCGAUGAUGCCAGGUGCUGAAGACUGUAUGGCGGCGUUGAAAGGACUGCGGUAUCUGCAAUUAAGAGUCAAAGAAGCCGAACGGAAGGCCUUGUAUUUGGCAAAAUGGUUGGAGACCAGGCCAGAGGUGGUCAAAGUUCUUCAUCCGGCACUCGAAGGCAGCCCUGGCCACGAAUAUUGGGUUCGUGAUUUUGAGGGAUCCACGGGUGUUUUCACUAUACUGCUUCGUGAAGGCUUCAGCAGAAAGAAUUUCGAAGCCAUGCUCGAGAAGACGACUGUAUUCAAGCUGGGAUUUUCGUGGGGUAGCUAUGAGUCGCUUUUGACAACAGUCAAUCCUACAUCAUACAGAACCGCAACAACUUGGGACCACAAAGGUGCAGCAGUGAGACUUCAAAUCGGAAUGGAGGAUCUAGAGGAUUUGCAGCGCGAUCUGGAACUCGCAUUCGAACGUUUAACUGCACCUCCAAACGCCCGUUUGUGA